ACCGAUGGGGCCAGGCCUCAUGGUGGGACCAGGCGUUACGUUCGCGUAAAUCAGUCUGGCGUUAAUAUGGGGGAAAAAGGGCUUCGUGGUGUGGCCGGGCCUCAUGGUGCAGCUGGUGCGGCCGGGCCUCAUAUGGGGCGAAAAAAAGGGCCUCAUGGUGCGGCCGGGCCUCAUGGUGCGGCUGGUGCGGCCGGGCCUCAUAAGGGGCGAAAAAAAGGGCCUCAUGGUGCGGCCGGGCCUCAUGGUGCAGCUGGUGUGUCCGGGCCUCAUGGUGCGGCCGGGCCUCAUCAGGCGCGAAAAAAAGGGCCUCAUGGUGCGGCCGGGCCUGAUGGUGCGGCCGGGCCUGAUGGUGCGGCUGGUGCGGCCGGGCCUCAUAUGGGGCGAAAAAAAGUGAAGAGCAUUAGGAUUUUGAAAUCUUCUGGUAAUGCUAAGCCACUUUGUUACGAUGUUUCUCUUCCUCAGAAAGUCAGACUCCUACAAAAUGACCUAUCAGUUUUUUCUAUGAAUGGGCAACUUGAGUCUGGGAAAGGCUUUAGUCAGAUUGCAGUUCAUUACAAAACCAAUCACCGUCUGCUGCUCAGCACUAGUGAGAUUACCUACUUUGAUGGACAGGACACUGUGAAGUUUUCAUGGAAUCAAGACUACACCCACCACAAGAAUGAACAUGUGUCUCUGAUUCUACAAAGUAAUGAAAUGGACGUUACCAUGGGAAACAUUCGCAUUGUCAUUCUUCUUCAUAAAAAAUAUGACGUAUUUCUGUGGCCUGCAAUCAGGCAACAGCCAAAAGAUGUCGGUUUGACAGGAAUUUUAGGAGAAGCUGAUAUUAAAUAUGAGGAGAUCCCAGGAUCACAAACACCAACUUUAAAGUUAAAGGACAAGGAAGUGAAGACCUCUUGGGUGAUGGUGAGGGACUACAGACUUCCUUCUGCACCUGUUGUUGGAUGUUGGCUUGUACCAUUCCAGGUUGUUGCGCAGCGGAAGCUCUCUGACUUCGCUGUCACUCAGUUGUAGAGUUCAGCAAAAUUUACAUAAGCAUUUAUAUUAUGUUUUAUCAUGCUGACCUCAAUAUGGAAAUGGUUGAACAAAAAUCUAUGUUAUUCCCAUCUUUGCCAUCAUUUCCCUCUGCUUUAGGGUGCUGGAAUUAUUACUCACAAUUUCAUUAAUUUUCGAUAUUUGUGGCACCAUGUCUUUGAAUGUUUAUCAAUAUUAUUUUCUUUGCUCACACAUAUGCAAUUGGGCUUUAGCUGGCAAACCAUUUGAUGAAAUAGCUAUUAAAUUUCACACCAGAAAUUGUAUGUAUACAUAGCAACCCUUUGAUUGGUGCCUUUCUAAGUAUUAUUUCUGUAUGCCUAAGUAUGUAUUUUUUGAGGUCAUGUCUGAUAAUAAAAUAAAAAUACAGCAGG